CCAUUAGCAAAGUAUCACUUCUCAGAGGACUGAAUCGCACACAGCUGGAAAGAACAAUAAGGACAAAAAGAAAGGAAACAAAACUAAAAACAACACAGAAGCAAAGCAAAGACUAUUAAACCUGCCUCAUUUUUAUUGGAUUUCCUCCAAAGGAAAUUUAAACACAAAUACUAAGGGGAGAGUGAUGGAGGCUCUAGUACUCACUCUGCUGGGUCUGCAGACAGUGAUGGGAACAGGACACUGGUGUGAACACACUCUGGAGGAACGAGUGCAGCAAGUCCUGUCCCCCCAUCUGCAGUUAGAGGUGAGCUGUUCUGAGGUGUAUCAGUACAACACCCAGGGCUGGAGGCUGGAUGUGGACAGGAUGCGGAUCAAGCAUGGCGGUGAUGAUGGCAUCGCUCUUUACUACAAACAACAGGGGCCCAAGGCUUCUUGUUUUCUGUACAAACCCCCAGAGAUGGAGAGCCAGAUGGUGAAUAAGACAGUGAGGACAUGCUGUGAAGGCUGGGGAGGACCACACUGCUCUGAGGGCGUAGGUGUGCGUGGUCGGUGCUUCUCUACGUGGAGCUGUGAGGACUUCCCUGGAGUUCAUAACUCCUCUCUGAUGCCCAUGGAGCAGUGCUGCAGCACUCUGUGGGGGCUGAGCUGGAGGAACUCCUCUGACCUGACCUGCCUGUCCUGCACCUACACCCUCCUUCCAGACUCCCAAUCUUCCCUUCUGGUGCGUAGUGGUCUGCUGGGCAGUGCCAGGGUCCCUCAGGGCUCAGCUACCUGUAUGUCCUGGGGUGGAGCCCACUACCGCACUUUUGACAGGAAGCACUUCCACUUCCAGGGCAGCUGCACCUACCUGCUGGCUUCCUCUACUGAUGGCACCUGGGCGGUCUACAUCAGUACCGUCUGUGAUGGGAGAGGAGACUGCAGUAAGGCCCUGAGGAUGAUGCUGGGAUUAGACCUGGUUUCAGUUCAUCACAGGAAUUUAACUCUCAACAACCUCAAUGUUCCGAAUGGAGAGCCGCUUUUUCAAAAUCGAGUGAGUGUCCACUGGCUGGGGGACUUUGUGUUUGUCGAGAGCGGUCUGGGGGUCCGAGUGAAGUUUGAUCUGGGGUACACCGUGUACCUGACAGUGACGGCCGAACACCUGGCAGCAACCAGAGGGCUGUGUGGAGUCUACAACAACGACGCUGAAGAUGAUUUUACCACGAUGGGUGGAACUGUGUCUCAGUACGCUGCCAGCUUUGGCAACUCAUGGAAAGUACCGGACCAACUCAGUGAAGGCUGCAGUGAUGCCGCUGAGCUCGGUCACAGCUGCGAUGUCUCAGGAGACCUGACUCUCCGUCGGCAGGCAGAAUCAGUGUGUCACCGACUCCUGGAAGCCCCCUUCACACACUGCCACCCCCGGGUGGACCCAGCAACCUACAGAGACACCUGUCUUUACCUGUACUGCAGCCUGCCACCCAGAGAGAGGAAGGGAGCAGUGUGUGACACCUUGGCCAGCUACGCCCGAGAGUGUGCCCAGCAACACGUCAUCCUAACGUGGAGGACAGCCACCUUCUGUGGUCGUGUCUGUCCCAGAGGUCAGGUGUUUUCAGACUGUGUGUCCUCCUGUCCACCCAGCUGUUCAUCUCCACAACCCCCAGGGCCUGCUGCCGCCAUGGGCCAGUGCAGGGAGGAGUGUGUGGGGGGCUGUGAGUGUCCUCCAGGGCUCUACCUUCACCAGAGAUUCUGUCUGAAAAGAGACGACUGUCCUUGUUUUCAUCGCAGACACACCUACCAGCCAGAGGACAGGAUACAGCAGAGAUGCAACACUUGUGUGUGCAGAGCAGGCCAGUGGCAGUGUACGAGGGAGAAAUGUGCCACCCAGUGCACCUUGAUGGGGGCUCUGCAGGUGACCACGUUUGAUAGAAAGAGGUAUUCAUUGCAGGGAGGAGACUGUUCCUUCACAGCUGUGGAGGACUUUGAUGACAGGAAGGUGGUGGUGAGUGUUCGCUGUGGGGAGUGUGCAGCAGGAGGAGGAGGAAGAGGAAGAGGACUGGGCUGUGUGAAGGAGAUAUCAGUCACAGCACUCCGCACCACAGUCACCAUCACAGACACCGGUUCAGUGACACUGAAUAGCCAGAGGGCGGCGCUGCCUGUGGUGUCAGGGGACCUGGUUGUGCGUAGAGCCUCCUCUACAUUUCUCCUCAUCCAGACGUUUGGAGCCCAGAUACUCUGGUACCUAGAAGGACCCUUGGCCCUCAUUACACUGCAGCCUGACUUUGCAAACAAGGUGCGGGGUCUGUGUGGGACACUGACGUGGAACCAGCAUGAUGACUUUACCACCCCAGAGGGAGAUGUGGAGAACAGCGUGUCAUCCUUUGCAGGGAAAUUCACAACAGAGCACUGCACUCUGCCUGGAGGAGCUCCCCCUGAGCCCUGCUCCACCUACACCCAGAGGAGACACUAUGCAGAGAUGAUGUGCGCCAUCAUUCACAGCCCUGUGUUUCAGGGCUGUCAUGACGUGGUGGAAAGGGAGCCUUAUUUACGUCUCUGCCUGUCAGAGGUUUGUGGCUGUGCUCCACAGAGGACCUGUCACUGCACUGUCCUCACUGCUUACGCCCGACACUGUGCUCAGGAGGGCAUUAAGGUCCACUGGCGCAACCACACCUUCUGCCCGGUCCAGUGUUUGGGGGGCCAGGUGUACCAGGAGUGUGGUCGGGUCUGUGGCGUCUCCUGCUCAGACCUGAGACAGGGCUGGAGCUGUGAUGAUAGCGGUGGUGGAAUCGGUCACACAAUGUGUGUUCCAGGUUGCCAGUGCCCACCAGGACUGGUACAGGACCACCAGAGCCAGUGUGUGCCCAUCGCUUUGUGCCCCUGUGUGCAAGGAGACAAGAUGUAUUCACCUGGGACUGCAGUCCAAAACAGCUGCAACAUCUGUGUGUGUGAGCAGGGGCUCUUUAACUGCACUCAGGAGCGCUGUGAAGAUGUGAACUGGUGUCCUGGAUCUCUGGUCUACUCUCCACGCUCCUGCCUGCUCACUUGCUCCAGCCUGGACCCUCCUGGCCAGCAGGAGGCCUCCAGCGUCCCACAAUCCAGCUGCAAGGAGCCGCUGUCUGGUUGCGUCUGUCCUCAGGGAACUGUCUUACUAGGUGAUCGCUGUGUUCUGCCGGAUGAGUGCCCCUGUCAUCAUAAUGGUCGACUUUAUUACAGCAAUGACACCAUCACUAAAGACUGUAACACAUGUGUGUGUAAAGAGCGCCGCUGGCACUGCAGCCAGUCCAUCUGUGUCGGUGUUUGUGUUGCAACUGGUGAUCCACACUAUGUGACUUUUGAUGGCCGCUGCUACUCCUUCCUGGGUGACUGCCAGUAUGUGCUGGCAAGGGAGACCAGUGGUUUAUUUAGCGUCAUGGCAGAGAAUGUGCCAUGUGGGAGCACUGGGGUCACCUGCACAAAGUCAGUCACCCUCAGCCUGGGAAACACCGUCAUACACCUGCUGAGAGGUAAAGCUGUGACAGUGAAUGGGAUGCCAGUUACACUACCAAAGUCCUACAGUGGCAGUGGUCUGACGCUGGAAAGAGUCGGCCUCUUUGUCUCCCUGUCCUCCCGGCUUGGAGUCACUCUGCUGUGGGAUGGAGGUAUGCGAGUGUAUGUGCGUUUGGCAGCCCACCUGCGGGGUCGGGUUGGGGGUCUGUGUGGUAACUUUGAUGGGGACACAGAGAAUGACUUCACAACACGGCAAGGAAUCGUAGAGUCUACAGCUGAGCUGUUUGGAAACUCCUGGAAGGUCAGCCCCUCCUGCCCUGAUGUGGCCAACCAGGACCUUCGAGACCCCUGUGCUCUGAACCCCCACAGAGUGACAUGGGCCAGGAAAAGGUGUGCUGUUCUGACCCAGGAGGUCUUCUCCCUGUGCCACCCUGAGGUAGCCUUCCAGCAGUAUUAUGACUGGUGUGUCUUUGAUGCUUGUGGCUGUGACUCAGGUGGGGACUGUGAGUGUGUCUGUACAGCCAUUGCUGCCUACACUGAGGAGUGCAACCGACGAGGCGUCUACAUCCGCUGGAGGUCCCAGGAGCUCUGCCCUCUGCAGUGUGAGAAUGGGCUGGUCUAUGAUCCCUGUGGUCCUGCUUGUUCUCCUUCUUGUCCCAGUGUUCAGCAGAGCCCACAUUCCCAGUGUGGGGCUCUGUCCUGUGUGGAGGGCUGCUUCUGUCCUGCUGGCACCGUCCAACAGGGUGACAGGUGUGUAGCGCCCAGCCAGUGUCCGUGUGAGUGGGAGGGCUCCAUGUUUCCACCUGGAACUACCAUCACUCAGCUCUGCCAGAACUGCACCUGUGAGGAAGGUGUGUGGCAGUGUGAAGGUGUGGCUUGUCCUCCUCCCUCCCUUACCUGUCUGGAGUCAGAGUUUACCUGUGCUGGGGGACGCUGCAUCCCCUCUCAGUGGGUUUGUGACAACGAGGAUGACUGUGGAGAUGGUUCAGAUGAGGUCUGUCCAGCCACCUGCUCUCCAGAACAGUUCCACUGUACCAGCACACCAAGUGGACCUUGUUUGAGCCUGGCUGUACGUUGUGAUGGCCACCCAGACUGUGCUGACCAAUCAGAUGAGGAGUUCUGUGGACCUGCCACCACUCUGCCCCUGUGCCCUCCGGGGGAGUUUCAGUGUGCAAAUGGGAAGUGUCUGCAAACCAGCCGUGUGUGUGACGGACGGCUGGACUGUGGCUUUGCGGAUGGGUCUGAUGAGCAAGACUGUGGAGUGGUGUGUGAUGAAGAAGAGUUCCUGUGUACUGGAGGACGCUGUAUUCUCUACAUCCACCGCUGUGAUGGUCAUGAUGACUGUGGGGACUUCAGUGAUGAGAGGAGGUGUGUGUGUGCACCAGGAGAGUUUCAGUGCCCAGGGGAUCAGUGUGUCCCUGCAGAUAGAGUGUGUGAUCGACACAAAGACUGUCCUUCUGGAAUAGACGAGGCUGUCUGUCCGGGUAAAGUGACCUGCGCUCCAGACCAGUUUGCCUGCAGAGAUGGUACAUGUGUUCCCACAUCUAAGCUGUGUGAUGGAAUACCAGACUGUCCAGGCAGAGAGGAUGAGAACAAAACCAACUGCUACACUGGCAUCAUAACACCAUCACUCCCACCUGUCACCCCAUCUUCAGCUUGUAGGUCCUAUGAGUUCAGCUGUACCACAGGGGGGCGGUGUGUACCUCAGGCCUGGCGUUGUGAUGGUGAAACAGACUGUAUGGAUGGCAGUGAUGAGCAGAAGUGUGCAGCUCCAUGUGCCUCAGGCCAGGUCUCUUGCUCCAGUGGGGACCAGUGUGUGGACCACCAGCAUCUCUGUGACGGGACCCCACACUGCAGGGAUGCCUCGGAUGAGAGCAUUGACAACUGUGGCUCUGCUCGGAUACCUCCCUGUCCUGACAGUUUCUCAUGUGACAACCGCACCUGUGUGAAUAUGUCAAAGGUCUGCAACGGCUUCCCAGACUGUCCACGGGGCGACGAUGAGUUGGUGUGUGGUAAAACACCAGCGCCCCCUGUCAGUAGGAACACCACUGUCACAUGCCCUGAAUUCACCUGCAUGGAUGGAACCUGUGUCCCCUUUAACAUGGUGUGUAAUGGUAUGGCAGACUGUCCAGACUCCUCACCACUUGGAGGGCCUACAGAUGAGCAGGGGUGUAGACCUUGGAGCUCAUGGGACCCCUGGAGCCCCUGCAGCACCACUUGUGGGACAGGGUCCAUGAGCAGGAGGAGAUCCUGCCCUCCUGGGGACCCACUGGGCAACUGUCGGGGUCAGGAUGUCCAGAGGCAGCAGUGCUUCAACAUCACCUGCCCUGUGGAUGGUCAGUGGCUGCCAUGGGGGAGCUGGUCCAACUGUUCCAGUGGCUGUGGUGGAGUUCAGGUCAGACACAGAGACUGCUUCCCUCCUCGCCAUGGAGGCCGACACUGCUCCCAGCUCACUGGACCAUCUAACCUUCCCAUGGAGAUCAAACCAUGUCCUGAUGAUGAAUGUUCCAGCAGCAGCUGUCCCACUGGUCUGGUGAGACUCAGCUGUGCUCCCUGUCCCCUGUCCUGUGCUCACAUCAGCAGUGGGACGACCUGUGAUCCCACGGCUCCCUGCUUCUCAGGCUGCUGGUGUCCGAAGGGUCAGGUGAUGAGCCAUACACAGCAGUGUGUGCCACCAGAGGAGUGUGCAUGUGAGAUGGCGGGUGUGCGCUACUGGCCGGGCCAGCAGAUAAAAGUGGACUGUGAAAUUUGUGUUUGUGAAAGAGGACGACCUCAGAGAUGUCAGCCCAACCCAGACUGCUCAGUGCACUGUGGCUGGUCUUCAUGGACGGAGUGGGGCGAGUGUUUAGGGCCCUGUGGUGUCCAGAGUGUCCAGUGGUCGUUCCGCAGUCCCAAUAACCCCACCAAGCUCGGAGAUGGGAGAUCAUGCAGGGGAAUUUACAGGAAAGCCCGCCGGUGUCAGACUGAUCCCUGUGAUGAGUGUGAGUAUCAGGGUCAGUCCCAUACUGUGGGAGAUCGAUGGCGGUCGGACCACUGUCAGUUAUGCCACUGUCUUCCCAGCCUGAGGGUGCAGUGCUCCCCCUACUGUCCAUAUGCUGCCACCAGAUGUCCUCAGGGACAGACUCUGGUACCUGGAGAGGGAGACAGGUGUUGUUACUGCCAAGGAGAAAAUGGCACCAUACUAGUGACAAUCAGCCCUGACACUGUUACCUCUCAGCCAGCAGAGGGCACUACACCCCUGGUCCCCACAUAUCCACUUCCUCCUGGAGAUGAAUGCUGGUCUCCUCUGGGUGUCCAGUCUCUGCCAUCCUCCAGCUUCAGUGCUUCAUCCCACCAGGCUGGUCACCCUCCUGAUGCAGCUCGUCUGCACAGGUGGGACCCGCAUAGAGACCUCCAGGGCUGGAGUCCAGAACCAGAAGAAUAUAAGGACCUCCCCCAGCGGAGACCAGUGGGACACAGUAGCAACACACAAAGCCCCUACCUCCAGAUAAACCUGCUGCAGCUGUACAACAUCACUGGUGUGUUGACACAGGGUGGUGGUGUGUUUGGCACAUUUGUGUCCAGCUUCUACCUCCAGUUCAGCCUGGAUGGACGACAGUGGUAUACCUACAAAGAGCUGGUCACUGACGCUCGACCCAGAGCAAAGGUUUUUCUUGGGAAUCAUGAUGAUCGAGGGGUAACUGAGUGCAGGCUGGACCGGAUGGUGUUGGCUCAAUUUGUUCGUCUGCUGCCCCAUGACUUUGAGAACGGCAUCUACCUUCGACUGGAGAUCAUGGGCUGUGGUGAUGGUUAUCACUGGUUAACGUCCCCCACCCCUCCCUCACUGAUCUCCCCAGAAGGUGGCUGUAGAGAGAAAGAGUUCCAGUGUGGAAAUGGUCGCUGUGUCCCGGCAGGCCCACUUGGGGUGGUUUGUGACGGCGUCAAUGACUGUGGGGACAGAUCUGAUGAGAUGUUCUGUGGCACUCAGCCCUCCCCAAUAGCCACCAGUCCACGUAGCUGCCCUGCUGGUCAGUUCUCUUGCCCUCCACCAGGUGGCUGCAUUCAGGCUGUGCAGCGUUGUGAUGGAGUUCCACAUUGUCCCAGAGAAGAGGAUGAAGAUGGAUGCCACCCCUACAACAACACGACCACUCAGUCAGACAGGCUGUACACACCCAGCCCUGCUCCGUUGAGGACUCCAUCUAUGGCGGCUGUCACUCAUCCUGCAGUAAAACCAACAGAUGGAGGUCCAGGAUAUCACAGCGUCUGCUCCUCUCCUCUUGGAUUGGAGGAUGGGAGGAUCCGUUAUGGUCAGCUGUCCUCAUCUUCGCACCGUGAGAACAACCCUGCUGAUGCUGGACGACUGAACAUUAUUCCUAACGUUCAGGUUAUGGAGCCUGGUUGGAGCCCGCUGCCUACAGAUCCUCAGCCAUAUUUUCAGGUGGAUUUCCUUGAACCCACAUGGAUUUCAGGGGUUGUAACACAAGGCAGUGAACGCAUGUGGGGCACCCUCACUGAAUACCGCCUAGCAUUCGCCCUCCACAGCAGCCUAUUUACAGAGUACACUGAAAAUGGGGAGACUGGUGGGCCUGCCAAGAUCUUUAAGGUGCAGAUGGUGGGCAGGAUCCCUGUGACCCGCUGGCUGGGUCGGCUGGUCAGGGCUCGCUACAUGCGCAUCAUUCCCACAGAGUUCAGACACAUCUUCUACCUGCGUGUGGAGAUCCUUGGCUGCAGAAGUGAUGAGCUGGUGACCCCCAGCAGUGUGACCAGGUCUCCCUCUGGUGGUGGGAAAGUGACAGUGCAGCGCUGUAAGCCAGGGCAGUUUUCAUGCCUCCACAGUGGAGAGUGCAUCUCUGUAUCAGUGCUCUGUGACGGUCGACCGGACUGCAGGGAUCAUUCUGAUGAGAUCAGCUGUGGCACAGCUCCAACCAGAGGCCUUCCAGGGCUGCAGAACCAGACUAGCCUCACAGGGAGACCAGGUUUCCAUGGUGCCAGUACGGCAGGUACCCCAGGCCUCCACACCACAAGGUCUCCAGGUGGACUUCCAGGGGUCACUGCAGGUCACCCAGGACUACAUCUGACCACAUCGGUCCACCCCGGUAGACCCGGUUUUCAGACCACAAAGGCUCCAUCCAUCACCACCAGCCCCCAUGAUGGUGGCCUACCCAGAGUGCUUUGCGUGGAGAGCCAGUUCCAGUGCUGGUCAUUUGGCUGUGUGGACUCAGCACAAGUGUGUGACGGCAGACUGGACUGUUUGGACGGGUCAGAUGAAGAACGCUGUGGCACCACUGCGAGGCCAGCAGUAACUCCUCAGCGCCCCCUGGUGCCCAGCCGCUGCUCUCCCAAGCAGUUUACUUGUGACAGUGGGGAGUGUACUCACCUGGACCGCAGGUGUGACCUGCAGAAAGACUGUGUGGAUGGAUCAGAUGAAAGAGACUGUGUGGACUGCAUCAUGUCCCCAUGGACAGCAUGGAGUGCCUGCAGUGUGUCAUGUGGUCUCGGCUCCUUGUUCCGGCAGAGGGAUAUAAUAAGGGAGGCUCUGCCUGAAGGGGCCUGUGGUGAUGCUCAGUUUGACAGUCGAGCCUGCUUUGCUAAAGCGUGUCCAGUUCACGGUGUCUGGUCAGAAUGGACAGAGUGGUCAGAGUGUGAUGCUCAGUGUGGAGGAGGAGUCAGGCAGAGGAACCGAACCUGCUCUGCUCCUCCUCCUAAGAACGAUGGACGGGACUGUGAGGGUUUGACCCGGCAGAGCCAGAGCUGCAACAACCAGCCCUGCACCAAAGAGACUGGAACACAGACAGGUUGUGUGAAUGGCAUGGUGCUGGUGACAGAGAAAGACUGUCAGGCUGGAAGAGUUGAUCCCUGCCCUCCUACCUGUUCACAUCUCAGCUUGACCAACAACUGCACUGCAGCAUGCAUACAGGGGUGUCGCUGUCCCGACGGGCUCUACCUUCAGGAGGGGCGCUGUGUUAAUUCCAGCCAAUGUGUCUGUCACUGGGAUGGCCAAAUCUUGCAACCAGGACAGGUGAUGAGGAAGGACCGGUGUACCAUCUGUAUGUGCAGAGAUGGGCAGGUCACCUGUAACACGUCUAGCUGUGUGGCCAGCUGUCAUUGGUCAGUCUGGUCAUCAUGGUCACCAUGUGAUGUAACCUGUGGUCUGGGGCUGCAGCAACGCUACAGGUCUCCAGUGCUCCUUGAAGCAGCAGUGAGAGUCCAACCUUGUCCAGGAGACUCCUCUGAGGCCCGGCAAUGCUCCAGUCCAUGCGUCCCUGUGCUGCCAGAUGAUGUUUGGAGUAAAUGGACCUCCUGGUCAGAGUGCAGUAAGACGUGUUUCAACCACGUAGAUGAUGUAGGAAUUAAACAACGAUUCCGCACCUGCAACCACACACUCCCACUGUCCAACCACACUCAUGCACAGUCCCUCUGUGAUGGAGACGGUGAAGAACAAGAGCCCUGCAACACUGUUUACUGUCCAGUGCACGGUGGUUGGUCAUCCUGGUCUCUGUGGAGUGAGUGUUCAUCCCAGUGUGACUCUGGUGUCCAGACCAGAGAGAGAUUCUGCAGUUCGCCAGCACCGCAGCAUGGGGGCAAUAGCUGCACUGGACCUCAUAUUCAAACAAGAGACUGCAACUCCCAUCCCUGUUCAGGUGUGUGUCCAGAGGGCAUGAUGUACCUGACAGCUGCUGAGUGCGAGGUUCAGGGAGGUGCGUGUCCAAGGGUGUGUUUGGACAUGACCUCUGCAGAGGUUCAGUGUGCCACUGCCUGUUAUGAUGGCUGCUACUGCGCCCUGGGCUUCUACCUGCUCAACGGCAGCUGUGUGCCUCGAGAGCAGUGCCCAUGUUACCACCAGGGGGCGACGUACCUUGCCGGAGCCACCCUGCCUGUUGAUGCCUGUAAUAACUGCACCUGCACUAAUGGAGGGAUGGAGUGUGGGACGUCUCCCUGCCCUGUGGAUUGUGGCUGGAGCAGCUGGACUCAGUGGAGCGCCUGUAGCCGAACAUGUGAUGUUGGUGUGAGAAGAAGGUAUCGUUCAGGAACCAAUCCUCCUCCUGCAUUCGAUGGUCGUCCCUGCAAAGGAGACAGGGUUGGAAUUGACACCUGCAGCAUUGAGCCCUGCAUUGCUGUAAAGGAGCCAUGGAGUGCGUGGUCAGAGUGUUCAGUCACGUGUGGAGGAGGAUACAGGACCAGAACCCGUGGGCCAAUCCGGAUCCACGGCACUGCUCAGCAGUUCAGCGCCUGUAAUCUGCAGCCCUGUGGUAAAGGAGAGGAGUGUCCUCCAGGUCAGCAGUGGAAUCAGUGUGUGACUGGAGCAGUGUCCUGUUCAGACCUCACCAUGGACCUCAGCAGGAACUGCACACCAGGAUGCCAGUGUCCACAUGGGACUGUCCAGCAGGAUGGUGGGUGUGUCCUGGAGUCUGACUGUCGCUGUGACAUUGAUGACGAGAAGCACAGACCUGGAGACUCUGUCCCUACAGACUGUAACAACUGCACAUGUGAAGGAGGAAGACUGGUAAACUGCUCUCGAAUCAACUGCAACGCUGACGGCCAGUGGUCUCUGUGGACUCCAUGGGGUCAGUGUUCGCUGACAUGUGGACCAGGUCUCCAGUCUCGGUACCGGUUCUGUUCCAGCCCUCAGCGUGUUGGCAGUGGACCCCCAUGUCUGGGCCCUCACCGUCAGGACCAAGUCUGCAUCACUGCCCCAUGUGACCGUGAUGGUGGCUGGAGUCAGUGGAGUUCUUGGACAGAGUGCUCCAAGUCCUGUGGUGGAGGGGUGCGGAGCCGGAGGAGAGAGUGUGACAGCCCCAGUCCAGAGGGGAAGGGGGGCUACUGUGAGGGUCUGGGAACUGAAGUCAAAGCCUGCAGCACUGACCACUGUCCAGUGGCACCGUGCUCUCAGGUCCCAGGCACCAUGUUCAGCAGCUGUGGGCCCUCCUGCCCACGGUCCUGUGAUGAGCUGGCACAUUGUGAAUGGCGUUGUGAGCCAGGAUGCUACUGUACAGAGGCCAGAGUUCUGUCUGCUAAUGGGACAGUCUGUGUAGAGAGGGACGACUGUCCCUGCUUGGACCUGAACACUGGACAAAGACUUGAACCAGGAGAGACCACAGAGUCCCCUGACGGAUGCAACAACUGCACUUGUGAGGGUGGGAGGCUCAACUGCACCAGGGACCCCUGCCCAGUGCCGGGCGGCUGGUGUGAGUGGUCAGAAUGGACUCCCUGCUCCAGGACCUGUGGGGCAGAGUCGGUGUCCCGCUAUCGGAGCUGUGGCUGUCCUGAGCCCAGGGCUGGAGGGGAGCCCUGCCCUGGGGAACAGGAAAUACACAAUGGGAUUGGAGUUCAGCUCCAGAGACAGCCCUGCCCUGUGAUCACCUUCUGUCCAGUUCAUGGUUCAUGGAGUCAAUGGUUAUCAUGGUCGGAGUGUGAUGGGUGUGCCGGCUCGUCCACUCGUACCAGGGAGUACAGUCCUCCUACCAGGUUUGGUGGUUUGCCCUGUCUGGGGGAGGGCAGGCAGAGCCACGGUUGCCACGACAACAUCACUGUCUGCUCAGACUGUGGUGGAGGCCAGGGGGAAUGGCCCUGUGGGAAGCCCUGUCCUCGCUCCUGUUCAGAUCUCCAUGGUGACACGGAGUGUUUGGACUCCCGAUGCAGCCGGACCUGUGGUUGUCCAGGCGACACGGUGGUUCAGGACGGAGUGUGUGUGGACAGGGAUGAGUGUCGCUGCAGAUACCACAACAUCUCUGCUACUGAAGGUUUGGAGUCCAGUAAUACAUCAUGGGUUUGGCCUGGUGGAUCUGAUUGGCAGUUUGCAAAUCCAGGAGACAACAUAAUCAGUGACUGCAAAAACUGUUCAUGCGAAGCUGGGGUUCUGCGGUGUCGGUCUUUCCCUGGUUGCCACGUUGAUGGCUGGACCAAUGGGCGAGCCUGGACUGAGUGCUCAGUUCCUUGUGGUGGAGGAGUGAAGUAGAGACGUCUGUGUGAUAAUCCUGAGCCUCAGAGUGGUAGAGGCUGCCUGGGUGUCGCUGAGCAGCAGAAACACUGCAACAUACAGCUGUGCACAGGUAGUCAUGGCCCGUGGCUGGCCUGGUCCCAGUGGUCCGUGUGUUCGGUCAGCUGUGGAGGCCAGCAGUCACGCUCUCGCUUCUGCAACCCCACCUUGCAGCGCUUCAGUCAGCAGAGCAAAACAUGCAACCCCUGUUGUUGUGCAGAUGUCGGCUGCCCUCCUGGCAGGCUGUACAGAGAGUCGGAACGAGGUGAAGGCUGUCCCUUCAGCUGUGCUCAGGUCAGCGGUAGAGACGGCUGCUACUCUGAUGGCUGUGAAGAAGGCUGCCACUGUCCCCCACAGACCUACCAACACCACGGAGUCUGUGUGCUGGAGUGUCCGUGUUUUGUGGAUGAAGAGUUUCUGACUUCUCUGCAGAGUGUCUCUGUCAUUCCAGUCUCAUCUUUAUUCUUUCAUAACAUCUCAGAAGGGAUGGAGCUCAGUCUGGGAGAUACAUUCCAUGACUGCAGCACUUGUACCUGUGAGCAUGGCAGGUGGAACUGUUCCUUGGAUCACUGCCCAGUCGAUGGUGGUUUGUCAGCUUGGAGUUUGUGGAGCCCUGCUCGCUGUCCUGUGGUGGUCUAGGGACUGAAGACUCGCUCUAGAGGCUGCACAAACCCUGCCCCAGCACACGGAGGGAGAAACUGCCAGGGGCCACGGCAGGAAACCACCUACUGCCAGGCCCCUGACUGUCCAGUUAUUCCAACAGAAGAACCAACUUUACCAGAUGAGGAUCCUGGCUUCUCCCCUUGGUCAUUAUGGAGUCCCUGCACUAAGACCUGCACUGAUGCUCUCAACCCAGCCAUGAAGUCCCGUCAUCGCCAAUGUAUCUCUCUUUCCUGCUCUGGAAGCUCUCACCAGGAGAAGGCCUGCAACCUGCCCCAGUGUUCAAGUAUGGAUAGUUUAGGAGACGACUGUGCGCGGAGGAACUGUUCGUGGACAGAGUGGGGGGUGUGGGGUUCCUGUUCGCGGUCCUGUGGAGUGGGCCAGCAGCAGAGGAUCAGAACCUUUCUCAUUCCUGGCACUAAUGGCUCAUGGUGUGAAACAUCCUUGGGAGGGAACCUGGAACAUCGCUUCUGUAACAUUCGGCCCUGCAGAGUGGAUGGAGGCUGGUCCCGCUGGAGUCCCUGGUCUCGCUGUGAUAAGCGCUGUGGUGGUGGACGCUCCAUACGCACUCGCUCCUGCUCCAGCCCUCCACCCAAGAAUGGAGGGAAGAAGUGUGAAGGAGAGAAGAACCAGGUCAAACCCUGCAACACCAAACCUUGUGAUGAAAAAGGGUGCCAGCUGGGGCAGGAGUUUGUGUUAUGUGCCAACCAGUGUCCACAGCGCUGCUCCGACCUCCAGCAGGGAAUAGAGUGCCAGGGCAACAACGAAUGUCAGCCCGGCUGUCGCUGCCCUGAAGGUGAGCUGCAGCAGGACGGGGUGUGUGUGCAGCUGUGGCAGUGUGACUGUGUGGACUCACUGGGGCAGGUCUGGGCGGCCGGUAGCUGGCAUCAGAUGGACUGUAACAACUGCAGCUGCACUGAUGGACAGCUCCUCUGCACCAAUCACAGCUGUCAGCCUGCGUGUGUCUGGAGCUCCUGGUCCAACUGGUCACCAUGCAGUGUCUCCUGUGGGGAGGGCCAGAGAACCAGAUACAGGUCUCUGAUCCCAGAAACUGAAGGACUAGACUGCCACUUUGAGGAAGUCCAGCACAAACCCUGUAAGCCAGGACCCUGUCCACCUCUCUGUCUCCUGGACAACCAGGAUCUGAGUGUGGGAGACACCUGGCUCCAGGGAGAGUGUGAACAAUGCACGUGCACCCCAGAAGGAGUUUACUGCCAAGACAUCGACUGCAGAGUGGAUGGUGGGUGGACCCCCUGGUCCGUGUGGUCUGACUGCUCAGUGACCUGUGGACAGGGCUCGCAUGUUCGGACUCGAGCCUGUAUCAAUCCUCCACCACGAAACAACGGCUCUGACUGCAGUGGGCCAGAAAGAGAAACCCAGACCUGCUGGACCUCUCCCUGCAUUGACGACCUCUGUCCCUGGUCGCCAUGGUCACUGUGCUCCAUGAGCUGUGGGGCGGGGUCUAUGUCUCGACGGAGGGUGUGUGUGUGUGAGGAGGGAGGAGAUGAAGCGUGUUCCUCUGAGAUCGAGGCUCAGAGGAACCUUGAGGAGACCCAGCUAUGCUACAAGCAGCCCUGUCCAGGCUGCCCCAUGUCAGCUUGGAGUGUUUGGUCUCGGUGCUCCUGUGAGUCUCAGAGGCAGCAACGCUACCGUGUAGCUCUGUCCUCUGCCACCAGGGGGCAACAGUGCACUCCUGUAGAAACACAAAGCAGGACGUGCAAGCUCAGUCAGUGCAACACAUGUGAAGCCCCGUUUGUGUACUUGACAUGUGGCGCCCCCUGUGAGAAGCAGUGUGCCCUGAGGGGUCGUGGAGAUCUGUGUCAAGGAGUCCAGGAGUGCACGCCUGGAUGUUACUGCCCGCAGGGCCUGCUGCAGCAGAACGGUAGUUGUGUUCCUCCAGAGGAGUGUGGCUGCAUCCACCCACAGCACCAAGUUUCAGGACAACCACCCACUCCUGUCACCAUCCUCCAGGGCACCACCAUCACCAUCGGCUGCAGUACCUGCCUUUGCCAUGAUGGAGCUCUGCAGUGUGACAUGAGAGAGUGUGAAGUCAUCCUCAGCGAGUGGUCAGAGUGGACGCCCUGUUCUCCUUGUGUACCCUCUUCCUCUCUGCAGCACAACUCUUCAGCAGCAGGGCCUCUCCACGGCACUAGCAUGGUCUCAAUCCAGAGGCGUUUCCGGGCCUGUUUGGACCUGGAUUCUGGUCUUCCCAUCACUAGAGAAGAAGAGAGCCAGUGUCCAGGACCGCUGGUGGAGGAGAGGCUCUGUCCAGAUGCUAACAUUUGCAGAGAUCUGUGUCACUGGAGUGUGUGGAGCAGCUGGACGGUGUGUGCAGAGCCGUGCAGUGGUGGAGUCAGGCAGCGCUUCAGACGGCCUCUGACUUCUCCUGUAGGACCCCGCUGUCCCAGCCAACAGACACAAAGCCAGAGCUGCAACACAGGACUCUGUCCAGGUGAGCGCUGUGAAGAUAGGGGGCGGAGCUACCAGGAGAGCUGUGCCAAUCAGUGUCCUCGCAGCUGUGCUGACUUAUGGGAGCAUGUUCAGUGCCUCCAAGGAUCCUGUCACCCAGGCUGUCGGUGUCCAGAAGGUCACUUGUUGCAGGACAGUCGCUGUGUGCUGAUGGCAGAGUGUCGCUGUGGUAUCCCAUCAGGCAACGGGACGCUGGAGUUCAUACCUGAAGAGGAGCUCACCGUGGACUGUAACACCUGUGUGUGUGAGAAUGGCUCUCUGGUGUGCACCAAACUUCCCUGUCCAGUUUAUGAGGCCUGGAGCCCAUGGAGCUUCUGCUCAGCUUCAUGUGGACCUGGCCAGAGAAUAAGGACACGCCACUGCCAGGACACAGAGGGCGGUCCUUCCUGUGCUGAAACCACACAGACAGAAAGCUGUGAUCUGCCUUCAUGUCCAGUAGGCUGUGUGCUGAGUGAGUGGUCAGCUUGGAGUGAGUGCAGCGCCUCCUGUGGUGGCGGCUCGUCGAUGCGGAACAAAACGGUCCUUCACGAGCCGGAGCCUGGUGGGACGGCCUGUGUUGGACCACUGGAGCAACACACUAUCUGUAACACCAACAGCUGCCUGCCUGAGUGUCCCGGGAGGCAGGUGUUCAGUGACUGCUCAGCUUCCUGUCCGUAUACCUGCCAGGACCUGUGGCCUCAUACUCAGUGUCUACCUGGACCCUGUACACCUGGGUGCUCAUGCCCUUCAGGACAGGUGUUGUAUAGAGGUUCCUGUGUGUUUCAUGUUGACUGUCCCUGCUCACCGCUCUCUCUGCCGCCUGAUUACCAAAACUGGAACGUCAGCGCUGAGGAUUUCACAGAAGCCCUGCUGCCACCUGGAACCGCCAUUCAGCACCUCUGCAACACAUGUGUGUGCCGAGGUGGAGUGUUCAGCUGUACCUCAGAGCUCUGUGAUGUGGACUGCCAGUGGUCCAGCUGGUCCCCGUGGAGUCCGUGCUCAGCUUCCUGUGGUACCGGACACCAGACCUCCACCAGGUUCAUCCUGCAGCCCAGCCAGUAUGGAGGAGCUGCAUGUGAAGGUCCGAACCACCGAACCACAACCUGCGCUGCCCCUGACUGUGAGUGUCCCGUUGGGGAGCAGUGGAGGAGGAGCUCAUCGGAGGAGGAGGCUCCACUGUGUGAGAGGAGCUGCCAGGACAUUUACUCCUCCUCUCCUGUCAACUGCAGCCGGUCCAGCGAGGGCUGUGUGUGUCAGGAGGGGCUUUACCGAAACCUGGACGGAGUGUGUGUCAUCCCCGCCCUCUGUCCCUGCCAUGACCAGGGCGUCCUGCAGGAGGCAGGAUCGGAGUGGGAGGAGGACUGUCUCUCCUGUACCUGUGUGAACGGAAGGAAACAGUGCCAGCUGAGGUGUCCUCCACUGUCCUGUGAUCAGGGUGUCUUGAAAGUUAGGGAACCAGGCAGCUGCUGUCCAGUCUGUAGAAGGCAAUUUCAGACGGAGCCAGAGUGUCAUCGCCAUGUGCAACUUCGCAACAUCACCAAGGGAGACUGUCGGCUGGACAACGUGGAAGUCAGCUUCUGCAGGGGGCGAUGUCUGUCCAGGACUGAUGUCAUCCUGGAGGAGCCCUACCUCCAGUCGGUAUGUGAGUGCUGCAGCUACCGUUUGGACCCAGACAACCCCGUUCGGUUCCUCAGCCUGCAGUGUGAGAGUGGAGACAGCGAGCCGGUCGUCCUUCCAGUCAUCCACAGCUGCGAGUGCACCAGCUGUCAGGGAGUGAUUGGGGUGUGA